AAGAGAUUACUGUGAUAAGCCUAGUGAUAAAUCUAGGUAAACUACUGCGUGACAUUCGUCAGAUGCCCGUUAAGGAACAGUGUCUGGUUGCGGCAUGACCCUCAAAUGUGCAAGCACUGUUGGCUGGCUGCGAGAACUGAUUUGAUAACGCAAUUGUUGGCUUUGUUCAUUUGCAUAUGUGACCGGCCCUUCCCUGCCUGCUGCAUGGGCCUUGUCCUGAAGAUGAUGUCAAGGUUUCUCCUGAUGCAUCUGCGGAAGUCUAUUGAAGCUCCCAACAGGGCUACAAUUGAAGUUUCGCUGACAUUCUGGCCACCACAACUAGGGAUCUCUCUAGUAAGAACUAUCUUAUGCCAACCCCAGGUGGAGACCACCUUCACACACUAUUCGCAUAGCCGCCAAUCUUGUUUGGUGUUGGGGAAACUCCGUGCAGUAGUUCUGUGGAAGCACAAUUUACCAUUUGAUUCAUUCGUUGAAACCGUUUCUCCUGGAUGUGAUGUAGAUCGCGUCACCAACUUCUCCGGCGCAAUUCUCUAAAUGUUCCUUUGUGGAUUGGGGCGCAAAAAGAGAGAAAAAAAAGAAAAAGAAAAAAGAAAAAUGGAAAAGGAAAAGGUGCUGUAUCCGUAGUUGAGAUCCUUGACUAACCUUGUUCUUACUUUCAUUCUUCUGCCCUGGUUUUUUUGUUUUAUUUUUUAUGACCAGUUUUU